AAUUUCUGAUAUUUUUUUGUGUUAUCGGCAGUAGAGUAAAACAGGUGUGUACGUGUGGGGUGGGUGGUAGUGUGUUUGAGUGUGUGGGUGUAUUUAUGUGUUUUUGUCACGUGUGGGGAAGAGAAAGAGAGUUUGCCCUUUUAAAAAAAGAAAAAAACUUAUGUACACAUCAAUGUUGUCCUUGUCUGUGUGAGUUUAAAAGACAGAUUCAGCUGCCUGGGUUGCACUCUGGUGGGAGCCAUCAUGGAGACAGCUGUGGGGAGAAUCGCCCUCUUUGGGCUGCUGCUGGCAUUGGUUACCACACUACCAAAUAAGGACGACUGGGACAUCUACAGCUUUCACAUCAACUCCACAGUUACCGGACGUUAUGCCACCACUGUCAUCACAAGCCGUGUGGCCAAUCGUAUGAAUGAGUCAAAGGAAAUCGAAUUCCAAGUCCGGAUUCCCAAAAACGCCUUCAUCAGUAAAUUCAAGAUGCUUAUAGACGGCCAGGAAUAUGAUGGUGUUGUGAAACCUAAGGAGCAAGCUCAGCAGCAGUACACUGAGGCAGUGUCCCGUGGCCAAAGUGCUGGGAUUGUCAGUUCUGUAGGGAGAACCCUUGAGGAGUUUAAGACCUCUGUGACUGUGGCCGCACACAAAAAAGUCACCUUUGAGCUCACAUAUGAGGAACUGUUGAAACGCAGGCAUGGCAAGUACGAGCUGCAAAUCCAUGCUCGACCCAUGCAGCCUGUUAAAGACUUCAAGGUUGAUGUGUACAUUAAUGAGGAAGCCGGGAUCAAUUUCAUCGAGGUUAAGGGAGGACUAAGCACCAAAGCCCUGGCCAAUGCCAUUACCAAAACACAUGCAAAGAAAGAGGCAUGGGUGUAUUUCUACCCGACAGAGGACCAACAGAAAACAUGUGACAGCUGUAGCGAUCAGGGAAUGAAUGGAGACUUGGUUAUUGUUUAUGAUGUCAACAGGGACACCUCUUUGGGAGACAUCAAGAAAUCGGCUGGGUACUUUGUUCAUCACUUUGCUCCAUCUAAUCUUCCCCGCAUACCAAAAAAUGUCGUCUUCGUGAUUGAUCAAAGUGGCUCAAUGGGCGGCAGGAAAAUAGCACAGACCCGCAUGGCAUUAAUCCAUAUUUUGAGUGACCUGGCAGAAGAUGACUUCUUUGGUCUUAUUAGUUUUGAUAGCCAGCUUUUUCACUGGAAACGAGAACUUGUUCAGGCCACUGGAGCAAACCUGGAAAGCGCCAAGACAUUUGCACGGAAUAUUAGAGAUAGAGGAGCCACUAACAUUAACGAAGCAGUGCUGGAAGGAGCACGUAUGCUAAAUGCACAUCCCAGAGAAGGUUCAGCUUCUAUCCUUAUACUUCUCACCGACGGAGAUCCAACCACAGGGGUGACAAAUCUUGGACAAAUACAGGCAAAUGUUAAAGGGGGUAUUAAGGGCAAAUUCCCACUCUACUGUCUCGGAUUUGGUUUUGAUGUCAAUUUUGAGUUUCUUGAGAAGAUGUCGCUGCAGAACGAUGGUGUGGCACGUCGGAUUUAUGAAGACUCUGAUGCUAAUUUACAACUUAAGGGUUUCUAUGAAGAGGUGGCCACUCCUCUGUUGACAGACGUGACAAUGAUCUAUCUCGGUGGGACCAAUCUAACCCAGACGAACUUCAGCCAGUAUUAUAAUGGCUCUGAGAUUGUGGUGGCCGGUCAGAUUACUGAUAACAACAUCGAAACCUUCAUCCCACAAGUUGUGGCCAUUUCGAGCAAUAGAAGGCUGGUGUUCUCUGACACAAACACCACCGCUGUGUCCACCGGAACGAUGACUGACCAUCACAUACAACGUGUUUGGGCCUACCUCACUGUCAAACAACUUCUGGAAAAAGAGCUGCUAGUAUCUGGACCUGAGAAGAAGAGUGUGACAGAAGAGGCUUUGAGGCUGUCUCUCAAAUACAACUUUGUGACACCACUCACAUCCAUGGUGGUCACCAAGCCUCUGGGGGAGACCACAGAUGUGCUCCAUAAACCCAAAGAAGGUGAAACAACGUCAGAUUUGUCUGCUCUUGAUCUUCCAACUAGACAACACAGUCCACCCAUGCGUUCCAGCCCAGGGACUAGUGGACGCAUGUUUUCAAUGGCAUACCUACGGCCAGAUUUUGGUUCAGCCGGAGGUGCCGUUAAAGGUACCCUUCAUCAUCCUCAAGGUCCUACAGGCAAUUCCCGUUCCCGUUCCAGAUCCCGAAAAGUUAAAGUUCAACAAGCACAGGUGGAUUUUUUUGAUUAUGACGAUUAUGGCACAGCUCUCAACCUUCCACGUGGACGUAGUCCUCUUCCCACCAUUGUGACAACCCAAAAAAAUCAAGGCAGAGUAUAUCAAAGAUCCCACAGGUUUUUGAUAAAACCCGACAAUCAGUCUCUUCCACUGUGCUUUGAUGUUGCUGGAAAUACCCAGCUGAAGCUAUUCCACCAUCCCAACAGGGGGCUUUCUGUGAAUGGUAGGCUUGAUGCAACUCUGCAUGGAGGCUUCAAAAAGAUCGUCAUCCACUCAUCCACUGAUGUGCAUAUUGAGGUUGAAACCACCGGAAUCACUGUACGAGAGGGACAGACACAGACAAGCCACACCGGACAGGAUCUCAUCACUGCUGGAAGUGUUACAGUGAUAAAACGGGACAAGGAGAUAGAUAUCGCAGCUGGUGACACACGGCUGCUCAUCUUGAUUCAUAAUAGAGGUCACAAAGAAUCCCUCUGGCCGGUUUUAAGACAGCUGCCAUCGGACCCCAGCGCCACAGGAAUUUUAGCUCUUAAGCCAACAGUUUAUGAGGAGGUGCAGCAAACUUCGUCAACAAAGCUGAAGAUCAACAACCAGGAGAUUGAUGUCUCCAGGUCCACCGCUGAUGAUUUCAGUAUUGUGUCUACCCCGACUCUGGACUGCUGGCUCAUGUCUGCUGAGUCUGCCCUGCAGGGAAGCCUGGAUGAUUUCACCAUCACAAAUCUUUAACGGGGAAACAUGCUGAAUCAAUUGUAACCCUGAUUCAUCUUGGAAAGAAGACUUUCCACCUGUUACCCACAUAAAAAAUAAAAAGUAUCCCAGAUC